AUGCCCAUGUCAACAGAGGAAGAGCCUUCCACAACGCUUACAGCAUUACCGUUCCCACCGGUCACCGCGGCGCACAUUCUCAACUGCUCGUUCCACGCCUGGUACCCAAAACUCCGCCAAGUCUCACCCAAAGCUCGCCUCAUUCCACUUACUCAGCCUUUCCUAGAGUAUCUGAGGGCAGAUGGCAUUGUUCUCCCUCCAGAUGUCCGCCGUGACGAUGACAGCGGUUACUCAGAUGCCGAAGAUGAGGAAGAUAUCGCAGAGUAUUGGCGCGAUAUUCACGACAAUAUCGUCGCCACCAUCCGUGAGCUUGGCAAAGCCGUGCCCAAGCUGAACUGGUCAGCACCCAAAGACGCAACGUGGAUCUCAACGACAAACGAUAUGGAAUGUCGAUCUGCUAAUGACGUGUAUCUGCUCCUGAAAUCCAGCGACUUUGUCACUCAUGAUCUGGAGCAAGCUUUCGAUGGUUGCGUGGACUCUGCCGAGGUCCCAUACCACCUUGUUUUACGAAAGGCCUUCAACCUCAAUCCAUCGCUGGAAUUCAGAUGCUUUGUACGAGACCGCCGCUUAAUAGCAAUCUCUCAGCGCGAGAUGAACCACUUCGAGUUCUUAUUCGAUCUCCGCGAGAAAUUCAAGGCCAAGAUCGAGGAUUUCAUGGAGGACAAUCUUCUCGCAAACUUUCCAGAUCCCAAUUUUGUCUUUGACGUCUACAUUCCUCCUCCACACCAGAAAGUCUGGCUCAUCGACAUAAACCCCUGGGCACCCAGAACGGAUCCGUUGCUAUUCUCAUGGCUCGAGUUACUGACGCUGACCGUGCCCGACGAUGAUGAUGCAGAAGUCGAGGAAGAUAUAUUCGAUCCGGAGUUCCGUCUUGUUCAACGAGAUGAUCCAGAGGCUUAUCAGUUCGCAUCGACCAAGUAUAGUGCUCACAAACUUCCCAAAGAUGUGGUCGAUGCCAGUAUGACGCCUGAGGGCAUGAAAGACAUGAUGGAGGAAUGGAGGAAAGUCAUGAGCAGAGAGGCCAAAGAUGAUGAUGACGAGGAUUGA